GUCUACGGCAAAGCUGUGCGAAGAAGGAAACCAUGCAGAAGCAGAGGACAAUGGCUGCAUUCGCCGAUUGUAACAGAGAGAAAACUCACUGGUCUUCCUACGAGGCUCAGGUGCUGUUAACACUUUGGGCAGAUUCAAGUGUCCAGCAAGAGCUUGAAUCAACAGUGAGGAACGAGAGAGUUUACAGUAGGAUCACAUCUGAAUUGGCGGCAGUUGGUAUUCACCGUAGUAUAAAACAGUGCCGAGAGAAAAUAAAAAAACUCAAACAACAGUACAAAAAGUUAAAAGACCAGGACAGAAAAACGGAUGCUGAGUGGUAUGUUACCAUGGAUUCGGUCCUUGGACACAGACCGACAGCCAACUUUGAAUGUGACGUCACCUAUUACAGCCCAGAUACUGCAAUGGAAAAUGAAUCUACACGUGCCUGUGAGGCCCAGUUUGGUUCCGAUAGGGCUCUGUUUGGCUCUCUUCCGUCUAUGCAAAAUGGACACAAGAGGACCGUGCAUCAGGCAAUGAAGAGAUGGAAUAAUCAACGUCGGCGAAUUUUAAUGAAAGCCAAGCAAACUGCGCUGCGCAGGCUUGCGUUUCAAGGGAGAAACUGUCCUUCUUUAACAGCAUCUACACGAUGGGAGAGUAAUGCGAGGAGAGAAUCCCAUGCGCUGCCACUGAUUAAGGAUGAGAUGGGAAUUCAGCGCCAAUCUGCUGGAACAGAUUCGUAUGAAGAAAACACCGGGGAGAAACGACACAUAAUAAAAAUCGAGGCCAAGGAGUCAUUUGACGGCCAGCAGAGGACAGAAGAUUCAGCGCUGACAGGCGACGAGCCAAUAGUAGAGGUCCAAAUUCUUGGUGAAGAACAGCCAAUCAUGCAGGAAAUGCACGAAGAAAUACCUCCCUCUCAUACGCCUCCGGUUUCGAGAGCCAACCAGGCUGUGAAGAGAAAACGAGCGCCGUGCUCGAGCGACGAGUGGAAGAAGAUCAUCGUGGACUCGGACCAGCAGUACGUGGGAGCGCUUCACAGGAUGCUGGAGAGCGAGAGCCAGCACCGGAGAGAGGAGCUCCAGAUGAAGAGGGACGAGAUGGAGCUCCGCAGGGCAGACGCCCGGCUGAUGAAGGACGAGGCCAGCGCUUCCUCGGCCGUCCAGGGCCAGCUGGUCAGCGUCCUCGGACAGAUCACCGAGCUGUUCAGAGCCAAGCAGGCCGCACGCACACACCUGCCGCAGGGUGGGGACGGGCAGUCUUCUGCGUCGCAGACCACACGCCGGGAGGUACCGUCGCUGAGAGAGCUCCACACAAGGUUGCAGAGCGACGCUGAGCCGGGGGCAGCUCCACACCGGACUGCUGCAGCAGAGGCACAUGAAGAGAAUCGCAGCCGAGAGACUCGGAACAUCAUAAAAACCGAGAUGGAGGAGCCUAUUGUCGUCCAGCAAAGGACUGAUACAGCCCCCAUAAAUUUGGAAACCGUUCCCCUGCAGUAUGAGGAAAGCCAAGCUCACAGUACAACCCAGGAGGCAGCGGCAAUCACCGUGCAGCAGGACCUUCUGGCAGCUCAGCAAGAGCAGUGUCGUCUGAUGGCUGAGAACAACAGCAUCCAGCAGAGGCUUGUUAGAGCGGUAUCCCGCAGCAACAGGUGUAUGAGUGAACUGGCAAAGAGUAUCAGAGUCCAGAGUGCUGCUGCUGCCAGUGGCCAGGACAGGAUUGUGCAGUUACUGGAGAGGCAGGAGUGGACUAAUCAACUGCUGACCAUGAAGGUAAUGGGCGUGUCCUCCACAUCAGCACAAAACCCACAGGAGGCAAGAGGGGGGUUUUCUUUGCCUCGUGCCAGACCCUCCUCUGCAUAUCAGACUCUGUUCCCUGGUCAGGAAGCCACUGAACUCUCACUGACCUCUUCAGAUACAGAUCAGUGUAACGUAUAAUGGACAAUUUGCUAGUUGAUCCAGGAUCAUUUUUCCCCAUUUAAUACUAAAUUCCUUUCAUUUUAUAUGUUGUAAAUUAUUGCAUCACAUUUCUAGUGGUCUUCCAGCAUCAACUCCAGUUUUGUUAGGAAAGAACCUCCCAAAUAGCGAGACAGGAUUAAUAUAUUGAUGUUACAUGGAACAGGAUUGUAUGCAUCCAGGUUUAGGUAACACUUCGGAGUACAACAUAGUCAUUGAUUAAUUCCUGCAUUCAUCCUCAUUUAUUGUUCUUGCAUCCCAUGGGUGAGAAAUUAGCAUAAAAUCAGCAAAUACUCACAUGAGCCAAAACAUUAUGCGUAAUAUGCUGUUGGUCCUCUGCAAUGCUGCCAAAACAGAGGCAUGGACUCUAAAAGACCUCUGAAGGUGCCCUGUGGUAUCUGGCACCAAGACAUUUGCAGCCGAUCCUUUAAGUCUUAUAAGUUGCGAGGUGGAGCCACCAAGGAAUGGACUUGUUCCAGCACAUCCCACAUGCUAGAUUGGAUUUAGAUCUGGGGAUUUUGAAGCCAGGGUAACACCUUGAACUCAAAGCAUUCCUGAACGAUUUGUUCAUGGCAGGGCACAUUAUCCUGCUGAAAGAGGCCACUGCCAUUGGGGAAUACCGUUGCCAUGAAGGGGUGUACUUGGUCCUCAACAAUGUUUAGGUAGGUGCCAUGUGUCAAACUGACGUCCACAUGAGUGCCAGGGGUUUCCCAGUAGAACGAUGCCCAGAGCAUCGCACUCCCUCCACCGGAUUGUUGCGUUUCCCACAGUGUAUAAUAUGAAGCAUUACAAAGUUCUUUAAAGCUUCAAGGGAGCCAGCCUUAACUAAAAAUAUAUUAAUACAUGAAAAAAUAGGGUGGGAUGGACAGAAUAAAAUCAGUGUGCAAAAGAAUUAGCAAGACUUAUCAAUGUGUGUUGUACAGGCUAAGUUUAUUUAGCAUUUAUUGUUCAAGUGAGGAGAUGUAAUGGUUGAUUACUGUAAUUCAAAAGUGCUCAAACUGUCUAUUGUGUCUUACAUUUUUACUGUACAAGAAUAAGCUACUUGCAUUGAAUGUACAGAUGUAUGGUUUGCAGAUAAAUUGGCAGACUUGAAUGUAAAGAACUGGAUGGUUCUUUAAUGUUGCUAAUAUUUAGUUUAGUUCCAGGCUGCCAUAGUGCAGUUCAGUGCCCACCCAGAUCACGUUGGACACCACAGUGCUGACAAGGGGGUUGGGUUUGUUCAUAAACAAAUGAUCUGGCUUCUUGCAUAUAUAGUGUAUUUGUAGUGUGGCUAGGAGCAUCCCCUUCAGUUUUGCGCAGAAUUUUUGCCAUUUUCUUUUGAUGUCAAAUUUAUGAUUCUGCCAGGUUCAGUUAUUCACUGGACGACUGGACGUGGGGUCACACAGACUCUGUAGGGGCAUGGGGCCAGCGUUAAACCAAACCUCCCAUGCAUUGGUGGAGGAGCCUGGUCCUCUGGGAGCCUGAAGGUGAAGGCCUGUAUCAGGCCUGAGAUGAUCAAAAAGAGCUCCAUCUUGGCCAGCUGCUCGCCCAUGCACACCCUGCGGCCUGUGCGAGAGGAAUGCAAGAAUGACUCCAUCGUGUAACGCUUUAUGGUGUAUUUCACCAUCGAUGGGUAGUCACACCAGUUCUAGUUUAGUGAUUUGGUUGGGUCUAAAUGAAUCACAUUUUCAAACAUGUUACUGCCUGUCACAUUAAACCUACGGCAAGUAAUGUUACCUAUGCCAAAUGGAAUGAAGCACUCCCUUCUCAGAAUUUGGCCAUCUUCAGUGAGGAAUCUGAAGGGAUUGAAGGUGUCUGGGUCUUCCCACAGAGCGGGGUCUCGGAGGGCUGACCAGAGAUUUGGGAGAAUCACCGUGCCUUUCGGUAUGGUGUAGUCACGGAACACUAACAGAAAGCAGGAACAUCAGAGAAAAUGAGUACAACCAGCAGCGAUAUUCAGUCAUGUCAUGGCUGCCUUUUUAAUUAAUAAAAGCAGACAGAAACUUGUUUGCUGAACACUGAUAUUAGAAAGUCAUUGAGGAAACAAAUGUGCAUAAUUUUUGGGAUCCUCAUAUGUGGAUCAGCUUGUGUUUUUGUUUCAUGUCCGGAGUAUGGCAUUUCAUUAUUCAUAAGGGACGUUCUCUCACCUGUAGUCUUUGAAGCCAUAUGAGGUACAGCCAAGGGAACCACUGCUGUCAUUCUCUGUACCUCCAUGAUGGUCGCCUCUGUGAAUGGCAAACUAGCCUUGUCCUCCAGUGAUGGUGGUCUGUCCAACCCAACUACAGAAUCUAUCUCCGCUUGAACCUUCUCUGAAGUACAUGGUGGCACAACACAGACCAAGCAAACAAUGUAUUUCGCUAUCACGUGCAGCGCUAUAAGUUAGUGACUCUAGAAAGGUUCUGACAUUUGUGAUUUUCUCUCUGAAAGGUGGUGAAAGGUUGAGUAAACAAUGUUAGCUACCAAGUAAUGGACAAAUUAAACUCUCACAAAGUAAAGCUUUACAAAUAAACAAUCUGAUUACA